UGGAAAUUACAAUGGGUGGAGCUAAACAAACCUCAUGCAAAUCAUUGGAUGAAAAACUGGGGCUGUAUUUUGCUAUAUCAUUUAAAUGACACCUGAGCACAUUCAAACAACAUUCAGAGAGAACCCUCUACCUCCUACCACACAGCAAGGCACUUUGGAAGUCACAGAAUUAAAAUCAAUCAAGGGUUAACCUCAGAACUCAGGCCUGAUGGCAAAUUAUACUGUUCCUUCUCAACGUGGUGGGCAAAUACCACUACAACCUCAAGACAGAGACCAUCUGUCAGCUCUUGAUGUUGUGUGGGCCAAUAAAUAUGAGGGUGAAAUGAUCAGUUCUGCAAAUGCCAUGGAGAUGGAAUUCGAGUUUUACAAAGGUGCCCCACCACAAUGGCUGAACUUCUAUUGGGCUGAACAAGAGAACUCCCCUUUUGUCAAGCGGGAUAUGUAUCAAGUACUACAAAGAAAGAUCAGUGAAAAUAAAACUAAAAGGUGGCGCUUUGCUUCUAUUAAUUUGUCCCAUGAACCAGGCAGUGGAGGGUCCACCUUGGCCAUGCAGGUACUAUGGGACCUGAGAAAAAAGCUCAGGUGUGCCAGAGUAAUAGAUUCUGCAACAGACACGAAGGAAAUUGCACAGCAAGUGCUGCAGUUAUUUUCUGCAGGUGGUUCAGAAAACCAAAACACUGUUCUCCUCCUUCUGGACAACAAGCACACAAUUGAUGAUACUUCAUUUCGAGAAAACCUUGAAGAAAACCUCUUUGAUGAAAUUAAAGCAAACAAUAUCACUGCUACAAUCCCUAUGGUUAUCAUUUUAAACUGUCUACGCCAGAAAGAUUUGACAGAAAGAACAGAAAAUGUGAAACUGUCCUCAAGCCUUUCAGAGGAAGAACAAGACAAUUUUAAGAGAAAACAGUCUGACAUCAUUCAAAAACAUGGAAACAGACACACUCAACUUCAUGCCGUUAACAUUAUGCUGAGAAAUUACGAUAAAAGUUAUGUUAAAAAGCUCUGCAAAAAUCUUCUGCCAUUAAAGAAAAAAAGGAGGCCACGCAAAGAACAACUUCUGGCUUUUUUGGCACUGAUUAAUUCAUAUGUCCCUGGCUCUGAUCUCCCAUAUGAUCUUUGUCGGAUGUUCAUUUGGAGGGAAGGUAAUAAUGUUGAUGCUUUUUCUUUGGAGCAAAAUAUGCAGCCCUUCACAGACUUUCUGGUCAUAUUCUCAACAAAGGAAGAAAAGGCCAGAAGUGAGGACAUGCAUGUACGUAUGGUACAUCCCAUGAUUGCUCAUGAAUGUCUAAAAUUGUUAACUGAAGCUGGGGUAACCAGAGGUGACACUACAUUGAAGCUACUGAGAGAAAUGUGCAAAGAUGACACGCCUCCAUGUUUGGUGAAAACUAUAAAAAAAUUACUCACAAAGCGAGAAUAUAGGUUGCAAAAACAGGAAAAUUUCUCCAAAGUGAUCCUAGAUAUAAGAGAGACAGAAAGGUCAUCCAUGUGUGUUGCAGUGUUGAAAAUGGCCUUGAAAAAAUUUACAACGGAUCCAUUUUAUCCACAAGCUCUUGCCCGUUUCUAUUACAUUAAGAUGGAAGAUUAUGAACGAGCUAAACACUGGGUUGAAAUGGCAAUUAUGAGGGAUAAAGGAAACUCCUUUAUCAGAGACACCCUUGGACAAGUGCAUAAAAACUAUUUAAAAUAUAUUAUUCGUAAAAAACAAUUGCCCUUGAAAAACCCUGAAGCGUAUGCUAGAAAAAUCCUGGAUCUUGGAAAACAAGCAACUAUGGGUUUUAAGGAUGAAGAAGAAGUUGCUAAGGCAGAGAAGGCACCAGAGAUGAAAGAGCAUGGCAUGACAAGCACAUCUACCAUCUUCAACAACAGGGGUACCUUUGGCUACAUGCAAGCGGCAAAGAUCAUUUUUGACGAACUCACAACCCUUCACGAGGACUGGUCCAAAGUGCUUACAAAGGAAGUAACUCUGCACCGUUUUCUCAACUCUUAUGGAAAAGGCAAAUGUGAGAAGUAUAAGAGUCUCAUUACAAGUCUAAGAGAUGAAGUUGAGGUCAAGUUCGAAUUUUUUGAAUGGUAUCUCCUUUACUCAAAGCCAAGCAUCCACAAAGAUGAACCCACAUACUUCUGGCCAGAAGUUGAUGAAUGCUACAUGAAAUUUGUAACACAAUACCAACAGAAUAAGUCAGCAUUUCAGAUCCUCAAGGAGAAAAAGGCCAACACAUUUGCAGGAUUGCUGUAUACACAAGACAGAGACACUGAACUGGAACUGAUCACUGAACAAUGGAAAGAAAAUUAUUUGCAAUCACCGAGUGAUGCGCAGAUUAUCCAAAACUACGUUGUUGCAAAUGUCAUGUUAAGUCAAAGGAGUAACACAUCCAUAGCAUCAUUGGAAGAACUUCAGGCAAUGCUACACAAUCUCUGGACAGAACAAAAAGAUAACAGAAGUCCAGAAUUCUAUCUCUUGGUUCUUCUGCUCUUUUGGCCUGAUGCACAACAGGGCAGACCCAACAGUCUGGACAUGUCUGAAUGUGUUAGACAUAUGCAUCAUUCCUUUGAAAGAACGUACAAAAUUUACCUACGCUCUCGUUACCUGGUGCCUCUCUUCUUCCUCACUGUAGGCCACGGACUACAUGGAUUUGUCCCUAAAUCAUGUGUAGAUGAAACUUCAAUUGACCUUCUUACUAAAGGAAGUGAAAGAGUUGAAAUCCCACAACUGCGACGUGUGAGAGGAGAGGUGAGAAAUUAUAAGGCUUUUGCUGUAGAAGGAUCUGAGAAGAUUGAGGUUUCUCCUGAUCGUCCAGCCAGCGUUCGUGGUGAAGGAAAGGUUUCUUUCUAUCUUGGCUUUAACAUCAAGGGACCUGUGGCUUACAACAUUAGAUAUGAGCAAUAAAGAUGAAGAUAAAUACAUUAGAUAUGAAUCUGAGCUCCAGUUGAACAUUAGGGUUCAGUGAAUACACAGAAAUUGAAUGAAUGUAACCUUUAUGUAAUAUUAACGUCCAAUAAGGAUGAAAGUAAAAACAGGGAUUCAAAAUUUUUGAUAAAUAUAUCAUCACUAGUGUAGGGUUGAUUUAAUCAAUUGUACAUAAUAUAAUGGGUUUAGUAAUGUUCUUCAUAAUGGGUCAUGUUUUGCUGGACUACCAUCGACUGCACAAACUACACAUGAUCUUAAACACUGCUUUUGUAUAAAUAGAUCUCCGAUGGGAUGGCAGAAUUUGACGUACCUUCUGUAUCUUACUGCUAGAAAAAUCAAAUACUAUAUAAUUCCUCAUUAAAGUUUAAAAUGUUCUAAAUUUACUAUAAAUGCAGUCUGGGGCAGAUUCAGAGUCAACAUAAGUAACUUAAAGUAUGUCAAUAUUUAUGCAGGGAAAGUUCCUCAUAUUCAGACAUGGGUUACACAUAAGCUUAAAUCGAUUUUCUGCAGCUGCCAUUCAGAUUAUACAAAAUACUUGUGUGUAGCUCCAAGAUAGCCAGAAUUUUCUUGAGUAAAGUUGUCCAAGGUAAAGAUGCUGCUUGACAGCAAUGUCUCCAAUUAUGAUGCAGUGUCCUCUGAGUGAAAAAAACCCUUUUCUGUAGACUUGUAAAAGACAAUGCUAUUAAUUACUAAAUAGUGUCAUAUGUAUGUAUUUAAUAAUAGCCUCAAAUGACACUCCAUAGUUUUCAUAGUAUAUGAAAAUAGUUGAUCCAUAGUUUACAUACACUGUGACGCAUUAUAUUUACAUCAAACUGUCUGGAUCAUUCAAGGUCAGAUUCAAGGUCAGGGGCAAACUCCGCCUUGUUAUGUAGCUGAAGAGUAUAGCACGCAUAACUCUGAUUACUUCCCUCAGUAUGUACCUGCACACUCUGUAAUCCAUUUCCUGAAAAUUCACUACAUGAAUAUAAUUUCUUCAUUUAUAUUAAUACAAUAAUACUAAAAGCAUCCACACCUACAUGAAAAGACAUGACUUUAGCUAACACACUUUGUGUUUAUGCAAUUAAUAAUUAAUAGUUUGACAUCAAUAACUUGGGUGUACUGCAAACAGACAUUUUGGGAGUCAGUUAUUUUGUAACCAGACAUCACUAUUCUAAGAUAACCAGCUU